AUGCUCAGGACGGUCGCGAACAGGCUGCGGCAGGCGGCCGUGGCCGCGUCGCCCGGCGAGGCGACCAACGUGGUUCGGGGCUUCUUCGCGGGCGCCGCGCAGCGCGCGAGCGCCGAGGGCGUGCACCUCUCCGGCGUGAGCGGCACGUACGCGUCCGCGCUGUACUCCGAGGCGCAGAAGGCCGGCAACGUCGCGGACGUGGAGGCCGACGUCAACCAGCUGGCCGGGCUGAUGGACAAGAGCCCGCAGUUCAAGGCGUUCCUGUCGGACCCGUCGAUCAAGAGCAGCAAGAAGAUUGCGAUGAUGAAGGACAUCGUCGGGUCGCUGAAGCUGUCGCCGCUCACGGCCAACAUGCUGGGCGUCAUGUCGGAGAGCGGCCGCCUGCCCGCGGUGCCGGAGACGGUCGCCGACUUCCAGCGCAUCGUGCAGGGCGCCAAGGGCGAGCUCAAGGCCAUCGUCACCACCUUCGAGGCCCUCACCGACGCCCAGCGCCGGGAGGUCUCCAAGGUGUUGGCGGAGCUGGUGGGUGCGUCGCGGGACCUCGAGGUGGAGGCCAAGGUGGACCCGUUCAUCAUGGGCGGGAUGAUCGUGGAGAUCGGGGACCGCUACAUCGACAUGUCGGUGCGGUCGCGCAUGCGCAAGAUCGAGGAGGCGAUGGCCUCGGGGGGGCUCUGA